CUGGCAGCCGGCCCAGUCAACCCCGGCCGGCCGCAUGCCGAAUCUCUUUCCGAACCGUCUGAACCCGUCUCCGACACCGGGACCCGUGCUCCCUGAGCUCCUCAAGCGCAAUGAGGCCAGCACCUGCGCCUACAUCUUCGGCGCAUCCGACGGCGCACUCGAGUGCGAUCCUGGUUACACUUGCAGUACACACUCGAGUGCGAGCGUCUUUCACUGCUGCGAGGAAGGGAACACCAGUUGCUACAUGCCAACCGCCUGCCUCGACUUCACUGCGUUUAUGAAUGGCUGGUGCAGUACCGCGGGCUCGUCAACAACUUGCUGCUCGAACAGUGCUACACCAUAUUGCACCGCGGUCCAGCUCGUCGACAAGCCCAGCGUGUCGCUGAUCGGUUGCAUGCCUGUAAAGACCUUCAUGGCCGUCUAUGCCACACCAACAGACCGCUCGACGUCCUCUACUCCGCGCACGACCUCGUCUAGCUCAUCGUCUAGCUCAUCAUCCUCCGAGUCGACAGCCUCUGCCACCACAAGCUCCUCCCCAAGCCCCUCUCCACCCCCCGUCUCCUCCGACUCUGUGCCCGUAGGUCCGAUCGUAGGCGGUGUGGUCGGCGGGGUCGCCAUCAUCGCCGGUGCGGUCGGCUUCAUCGCGUGGCUGGUCAUUCGUCGGAGGCGGGCACCUCCGCCUCCCCAGCCAGGGCCACCCGGCGCGCCGCCCUUCAACCCCAAUUACAGUAACGCCGCGGCCGGUCCGCAAACCAGCCAGUACCCCCACGGCCACCAGGGCCACCUGUCGUUUGGAGGUUGGAGCCAGACGACGCCUGUCGACUCGCCUGGCUCGCCCGGAUUCGCCAGCGUCGCCGGCAGUGACGGCUUCCAGGACAAGCAGCACCAGAUGGGUGCGGUGAGGCUGACGACGGUCGAGGAGCAAGCUGUUCAGAUGCAGCAGCAUCAGCAGCAGCAAAUGGUUCAGGGGCAGGGGCAGGGGCAGGGGCAGGGGCAGGGGGUGGAUUUGCCGCAUUAUAUGCCGGGGGUGUAUCUGUCGGAAUUACCGCCUAAUGAGCGUGAGAGGUGAUGAGGUUUGCGGGG